GCGCGCCCGGCGCUGGCGCCCCCUUCCCGGCCCCGCCCAGCCCUGGAGGCUCGCGCUCAGCACCCCGCGCCUCUACUGGCCCUGCGCCCCUCAAGAAGUACGGCGCGCGCCGGGGGGCGGGGCGGGCGCCAGGGGGUGCGGGACCCGCGGGGCGACUAUGGAGUGAGGCGCGGUGCGUGCUCGAGCUCGGAUUGACGGACGGACCGACGGGCGGCCCCGGGCUCCUCGCGCUGGAAGAUGAACAGAGCAGAUUCACCAAAACCACCAGUUGCUCCCAAGCCAAAGACCACCAGUCCCCUCACGCCAGUGACGGCACCCAAAUUCCCUUCAUCACCCAGACCUGACAGUCUUCACAGUCCCAGCUCCAUGUCGAGGGGCCCAAAACCCCCCAUUGCUCCUAAGCCCAGGCUGGAUACCCCCAACGAGUGGAGGGCCAGUGUGUACAUGAUCAACAGCUUGAACAAAUGCAGCAAUGGGAAGUUGCUCUGUGUAGACAGGGGGCUUUAUGAAGAGCAGCAGUCCAACCUGGAGUGCUCCGAGGCCGGGGCUGAUGAGGAUUACAUUGUGGUCCCCAGAGCUCCACCCAGAGAGGAUGAACCCAGGGAUGGGGACUCUGUGGAGAAUGCAGUCAUGGUGCCUCCAGAUGCCACCGGGGAAGAGGAACACCAGGAAGGAGGUGAGGAGGAAGGGACAGGAGCUGCUGAGGAAGUGGCAGUCCCAGCUGAAGUGGUGCUGAGUGGAGAGGCUGAUGAAGGUAUGGUCCCCAUUCCUGAGAACAUGGAGGCUGAUGCUUGUGCCCAAGACCCAGGGGCAGAGGAGCAGAAUCUCACAAGUGAGGAGGAAGAGAAGCUGGUGGAAGAACACAACAUGUACAACCUGGAGGACAGGGGCCCUUGGGAUGGAGAGGCAGUCUUUCCGAGUGAUAUCAUUCUAACUCAAGUUGAUUUAGAGGGUCCAGAAGCACCUGGCAUGGAGCCUGGGACACCCAGGGAGGCAGAGGAGGAUGAUGAGGAAGGCGGUGCCAAUGCAGAACCAGGGGCGCCAGAUGAGUAUGUGGAUUCUGACAGGCCCGCUGAGGGGGAUGCUGAAGAUGCCAAUGAAGAACCCCUGGAGAAUGAAGGAUUGGCCACAGGCAUCCGGGAGGUGGACAUAAUCACAGAAAGCCAUGACAUCUCUGAGGAGGAGUGUGAAGAUGCCUCAGGUGAUGGCAACCAGGGUGAACCACCUGACCAAGAUGAGAAAACUGAUCAGGAAGAAAUGGCAGCAGCCACCCAAGAGGAGGGAGAGGUCGCUGAAGAAGGUGAAGUCUCCAUGCAAGGUGAACCUGCAGAGGAGAGCUGCCAGAUCAUUCCUUUCGAGAAUGACUGUGUGGAUGACUUCAUGACUUCACUCUCAGGAAGUCCCUAUGAGUUCUUCCCUACAGAGAGCACCUCUUUCUGUAGUGAAAACUACCCUUCUUUUUCUGAGUCAGUGAAAGGUUUCGAGUCAGGGCAGGAAGCAAAGUCGGGGAAAUGUGCAGACCAGAACACCGUGGCUGGAACUUUGUGUGACCAGCGUGGUUCCCUGCAGGAUGGCACCGGGGAGGGCCUCUCUGUCCCUGAUGUGGUGAUCUUGCCAGAGGAUGAGGAUGCCACAGACGACGCGCUCACCAACCCCUAUGAGAUGGGAGUCGACUUGGUGUGCGGGACUGACCCUGGAGAGGGAGAAAAGCCUGAGGCACAGGCUGUAUCAGAUGCACUGAGUGGUUACGGCUCGAAAGAAGAAGUGAACUCUGAUGCUGAGGGUGGCCUGGUCCCCACUGACAGAAAGAACAUCAUCUCAAGGGCCAGGCCCCACUCUGGGAAGGUGGCUGGCUAUGUCCCAGAAACUGUCCCAGAAGAAACUGUACCAGAAGCUGUCUCAUUGUCAGCCAUGGGCAUUGGAGGUACCACCGAGGAGGCAAGAAAGAUGGUUCUGUCAUUGGAGGGGAAGCCACAGGAAGCCAGCAGGGCCUUACCAGCAAAGCCCAGAGCCUUCACUCUCUACCCUCGCUCAUUCUCUGUAGAAGGCCGAGAGAUCCCCGUCUCUGUGUACAGGGAGCCUGAGGCAUGUGGCUUAGACGACCAUCGAAUCAAAAGGAAAGAUGACAACCUCUCUCUGCCCUGUGUGAUUGGCUCCUCUGGGAGUUUCUCCCAGAGAAACCACCUUCCGUCCAGUGGCACUUCAACACCAUCUUCUGUGGUUGACAUCCCACCACCUUUCGACCUGGCCUGCAUCACCAAGAAGCCCAUCACAAAGAGCUCCCCCUCACUCCUGAUUGAGAGCGAGCCCCCAGACAAGCACAGCAAGAAGAAGAAGUCAUCCUUUAAGCGGUUCCUGGCACUGACUUUUAAGAAAAAAACAGAGAACAAAGUGCAUGUGGAUGUCAACGUGUCUUCUUCCAGGUCCUCUUCCGAAUCCAGCUACCACGGGCCUUCCCGGCUUCUGGAAAUUGACCGCAGGAGCCUCAGUAACUCCCCUCAGCUUAAGGCCCGGACUGGCAAGCUCCGGGCUUCUGAAUCGCCGUCCUCUCUCAUUUUCUACAGGGAUGGCAAGAGGAAAGGCGUCCCCUUCAGCAGGACAGUGUCCCGAGUAGAGUCCUUUGAAGACCGCUCCCGGCCCCCGUUUUUGCCCUUGCCCCUGACCAAGCCCCGGUCCAUCUCAUUCCCAAAUGCUGACACUUCAGACUAUGAGAACAUUCCAGCCAUGAACUCGGACUAUGAGAACAUCCAGAUUCCACCCCGGAGACCUGCAAGGGCUGGGACGUUUACAAAGCUGUUUGAAGACCAGAGCAGAGCCCUGUCCACAGCGAAUGAAAAUGAUGGCUAUGUGGACAUGAGCAGCUUCAAUGCCUUCGAGAGCAAGCCGCAGAGUGUAGACCAAGAAGCGGAAAGUGCUUACACAGAACCCUACAAGGUCUGUCCCAUCUUGGCAGCAACCCCCAAGGAGGACCUCACAUCGGAUGAAGAGCAGAGAAGCUCGGAGGAAGAGGACAAUGCUCCAAAAGACCCCAGCCUCACCCACAAGGUGGAAGGACAGUCCAGAGCCCAUGUCAUCGCACAGGAGCUGCUCUCUUCAGAGAAAGCAUAUGUGGAGAUGCUCCAGCACUUACAUCUGGAUUUCCACGGAGCCGUUGUGAGGGCCUUGGAUGAAAUGGACCAAGAGGGCAAGGACACAGUGGCCAGGGAGGAGCUGAGGCGUGGCCUGAGCGAACUCCCAGCCAUCCUCGACCUUCACCGGGGGAUCCUGGAGGAGCUGGGAGAGAGGCUGCUGCACUGGGAAGGCCAGCAGAAGGUGGCCGAUGUCUUCCUGGCUCGGGAGCAGGAGUUUGACCACCACGCUGCUCACAUCCUGCAGUUUGACAGGUAUCUAAGUCUGCUUGCUGAGAACUGCCUCCAUUCUCCCCGGCUGGCAGCUGCUGUCCAUGAAUUUGAGCAGAGUCAGCAAGGAGGCAGCCAGAACGUGAAGCACAGGCUGCUGCGGGUAGUUCAGCGCCUCUUCCAGUACCAAGUGCUCCUCACAGACUAUUUGAAUAACCUCUCCCCGGACUCAGCUGAGUAUGACAACACGCAGGGUGCACUGACCCUCAUCUCCAAGGUCACAGACCAUGCCAACGACAGUAUGGAGCAAGGGGAAAACCUGCAGAAGCUCGUCCACAUUGAGCACAGUGUUCGGGGCCAAGGGGAUCUCCUCCAGCCAGGAAGGGAGUUUCUGAAGGAAGGGACACUGAUGAAAGUAACAGGGAAAAACAGGCGCCCCCGGCACCUGUUCCUGAUGAGCGACAUGCUCCUGUAUACGUAUCCCCAGAAGGAUGGGAAGUACCGGCUGAAGAACACGUUGCCAGUGGCCAGCAUGAAGGUCAGCCGCCCUGUGAUGGAGAAAGUGCCCUACGCUCUAAAGAUUGAGACUUCUGAGUCCUGCCUGACUCUGUCUGCAAGCUCCUGUGCAGAACGGGACGAGUGGCAUGGCUGUCUGAGCAGAGCCCUCCCUGAGGACUACAAGGCCCAGGCUCUGGCUGCCUUCCACCACAGCGUGGAGAUACGGGAGAGGCUGGGGGUCAGCCUCGGGGAGAGACCCCCCACUCUGGUGCCUGUCACACACGUUAUGAUGUGCAUGAACUGCGGCUGUGACUUCUCCCUCACCUUGCGGCGUCAUCACUGCCAUGCCUGUGGCAAGAUCGUGUGCCGGAACUGUUCCCGAAACAAGUAUCCUCUGAAGUACCUCAAGGACCGGAUGGCCAAGGUCUGCGACGGCUGCUAUGGGGAGCUGAAGAAGCGGGGCGGGGAUGUCCCAGGCCUGAUGAGAGAGCGGCCAGUGAGCAUGAGCUUCCCUCUGUCCUCCCCCCGCUUCUCGAGCAGUGCCUUCUCUUCGGUCUUCCAUAGCAUCAACCCCUCGACCUUCAAGAAGCAGAAGAAAGUCCCUUCGGCCCUGACCGAGGUGGCCGCCUCCGGAGAGGGCUCUGCCAUCAGUGGCUAUCUCAGCCGGUGUAAGAAAGGCAAGAGGCACUGGAAGAAGCUCUGGUUUGUCAUCAAAGGCAAAGUACUCUACACCUACAUGGCCAGUGAGGACACAGUGGCCAUGGAGAGUAUGCCUCUGCUAGGGUUCACCAUUGCCCCAGAAAAGGAAGAGGGCAGCAGUGAAGUAGGACCUGUUUUUCACCUUUACCACAAGAAAACCCUAUUUUAUAGCUUCAAAGCAGAGGAUACCAAUUCGGCUCAGAGGUGGAUCGAGGCCAUGGAAGAUGCAAGUGUGUUAUAGCAGUUACCAAGCAUGUGGACUCAGAAUAAACUCUUAGGUUGAUAUGUGAACCCUCCCAGAAGCCAGUCUGUGGCUCCACUCGUCUGAACACAGCUUGGAUUCAGCACGAGGGCUUGACCUUUGCUGCCGGAACCUGCUCACUCACACCUUCACAAGUGGAGCCCUUAAGGGAUAUUUAUGGACAGUUCCUUUCUUGUCUUCAUGUUUGCCACCCUACCCCACCCCAGCAUAAACUGUUUCCUUACCCAGCAGUGAGCUAAAAUCCAAUAAAUAACAUGAAGACACGGAAACCACAGAAAAGUACAUUU